GAUGAGAGUGUGGCCCAAACUGAAGCAGGUAUGAGCGCAGAUGCAGUUUUCUCUCCUCUAAACCAGUCCACAAGCAUUGACUACAGCGGGAAGGUCCCUGUGGAGCACCUGGACUAUGGUUACAUUGAAAAGUGCAAAGAUGUAAAAUACCUGGAGAUGAUCUUGAGAGUACUGAGAUCGGGUGAGGAGGGCAUUUAUCCUCAUCUAAUUAAGUUCUGUGAGAGUCACUUGGAGAAACUGGACCCUCUGAGCCGAGCCCUCAGGAAGGAAAAUCCUGUGACCACAGCAGCCAGCCUCUCUUAUGAUGAGUGGAGCCAAAUUGUUGAUGACUUGAAGAUGUGGCAGGAGGAAACCAAAAACACUGAGACAUCACUAAAACUGCAGUCAGUGUUUGAUGAUCUAGUGAAUCAAAAUAUGCCACCCAUAAGAGGUUCCAAUUGCUCCAUUUCACUUAGUCAGUCUUCAGAUCCAAAAGAAAAGAAGAAUUCUUCAAAACACACUCUCCCACGUGAUUAUGGAGAAUGGGACAAGUUUGAUGUCGAAAAAGAAUGUGAAAAAGUCGAUGGAAAUUUGGUCAAAAAUGAGCCAUCUGCCAUUAUAAACACAGGACACCCCCAAAUCAAGACUACAGUCGACGCCUCAUUGCUGACACAACAGGAGAAGCUCCUUCUGGCAAAUUGUGAAAAGGACAAAGGCAAUGAAGCUUUCAGAGCAAAUGAUUAUGAGGAGGCGGUUGCAUACUAUUCCAGAAGCCUUUCCAUUAUACCAACUGUGGUUGCAUACAACAACAGAGCCCAGGCAGAGAUCAAUCUUAAGCACUGGCACAAUGCCAUGAGAGACUGUCUGAGUGUGCUCGAGCUGGAACCAGCCAAUAUGAAAGCUCUGCUCCGUCGUGCCACUGUUUAUAAUCACAUGGGCAACUUCCAAAUGGCUGCUGAAGACCUGAGGGUGGUGCUUAGGAAAGAGCCGCAGAAUGCUGCAGCCACUAAACUUCUGUCUGAAAUUGAGAAGAAGACGAUGAAGGAAUGUCAGCAGCAAAGCAAAGGGAAAAAAAUCCUUAUCCAAGAAGUAGAAGAGGAAGUCAACAAUUGCAAUGAGACGAAAGCAGAACAGACUGCUCGUCCGGUUAAACCCAGCAAGCCUGUGGGAGGGGAGGAGAGCUCAGCUGCUCCUGCCGAAAGGGGAGACAUGGGUAACGCUCAAAAAAAGUCCCACAGCAGAGGGGACGGGGGUCCUCACAGUGAGUCCAACAACUCCCACCACGGACACUGGAAAAGCAAAGGAGGAAGCGCUGACAAGUACAGAGUCACACAGGAGUCCAAGGAAAAGGUAGCCAAUGGAACCAGCAAGAGGGGAUCGACAGCUUCAGUUCCGGCUGAUCAAAGCAGUAAAGAAACUCCGGUUGGAGGAUAUGCAGGGGAAACUGUCAACCUUGAUGCCCCAUGUGGAGCCCUGCCCCCACCUCUGGCCCGGCUAAAGAAUGAAGGGAACCUGCUGUUUAAAAAUGGACAGUUUGCUGAUGCACUGGAGAAAUACUCACAAGCCAUUCAAGGCUAUACAGAUUCAGGGAUUGAUAGUCCGGAGGAUCUGUGUAUUCUGUAUUCAAACAGAGCAGCUUGCUACCUCAAAGAUGGCAACAGUCAGGAGUGCAUACAGGAUUGUACGAGAGCCCUGGAGCUGCAGUCAUUCUCCCUCAAGCCUCUCCUGCGCAGGGCCAUGGCUUAUGAGUCCCUGGAGCGCUACCGUAAGGCCUACGUGGAUUACAAGACAGUACUGCAGAUAGACAUCAGUGUGCAGGCAGCACACGACAGCGUCAACAGGAUCACUCGUCUGCUCAUAGAGCAGGAUGGUGCGGACUGGAGAGAGAAACUUCCAGAGAUUCCCCUGGUGCCUCUGUCAGCUCAGCAGCACCGCCGAGAAGAGCCACCCAGCGCAGAGGUCCUCCAGGCUCGAGCAGAGAAGGCAGCCAGAGAUGCAGAAAGGAAAGCAGAGGUCCGUUUUGCAGCUUUGAAGCAAGAAGGGAAUGACUUUGUGAAGAAGGGCCAAUUCCAGGAUGCACUGGGAAAGUACACUGAAUGCCUUAAGCUAAAGCCAGAAGAGUGUGCUAUCUACACCAACAGAGCCCUGUGCUACUUGAAGCUGGAGAGGUUUGCUGAGGCCAAGCAGGACUGUGAUGCAGCACUGAAAGUGGAGCCAACCAAUAAGAAAGCCUUCUACAGACGAGCCCUGGCCAAUAAAGGCCUUAAGGACUACCUGGCGUGCAGCUCUGACCUGCAGGAGGUACUGCAUCAGGAUCCCAACGUGCAGGAGGCUGAGAAGGAGCUGGAGGAGGUCACAGUGUUGCUUAGACAGAGUCUGGCCAAUGCAAACGCUUCUCCAGCCAAACCCAGAAAGACUGUCCCCAUCACUGAGGUUGAUGGUGACGAGGAAAUGACAGGCUUUUCUUACUCAGAGAGCAGUCACAGGGGAGAGGACAUCACCAUCAACCUCCAGCCAACCAACGCCUACGAGUUCGGCCAGGCUCUGAACGCAGCUCGCAGCAGUGGAAACACGGCGGCCUGCGCAGAUCUGCUGGCCUCCACAACCCCGGAGAUGCUUCCCCAGCUCCUGAGCACCCAGCUGGAUGGAAACACCAUCAGCUUCCUAAUGCAGGCACUGGACUCCCACCUUCUGGAAAAAGACCCAAACCUGGUCUACCGUCACCUCAACCAUUUGCACACAGCAGACAGGUUCUCGGUUGUAUUGAUGCUGCUGGAGAAGGACGAGCGCCGUCACAUGACUCAGCUGUUUGAGCAUCUGUCUGCUGUUCAGAGCACAGAGUUCACUAAGAACGAUGUUCAGAAUCUGGCCAACAAAUACAUCUGACCCUCCUGCCCCUGCUCCCUGCUGCAUGAGCUGCUGCGCCACUACGACUCUUGGAUCUAUGCAAAACACUGCACAAGAACUGAGUACACAAAGGCAGGAAGCUGCAGAAUGUGCCUCAGAGCAACACAAUGGAACUGAGUCACAUUCACUCUCCUGCUCUGUGCUGUAAAUGAUCUGAUCACUGUAUGAUUAAGUGACAGUAUAAGGAAUAUAUUUUUCUCUCCAGAAUGUUUUGCUAUGCAGAUUUACUUUUGUACCACCACUUGCAUUGUACAGUGGGCAGACAGAGGGAUACUAUGGACCUUUCACUUUGGUGUAUGAAUAACUAGGGUCCAAUGUGCAAUGUUAUGUAAGGCUACAGAGAGUGUUUCCCUUACAGGCAGGUGAGUUAUGCUCAGGACAGGCUCAUGUUCCCAGAACUGAGCUUCGUUGUUCCGGUCCUUGAACCCUGUCAGUCUUUUGAUAUCAGUCAUUUAAUAAACGAGCUUCUGUCAGACACCAGCUAAGACAACGAAUUAUAUUCAGUGCAUGCUGAAUAUUACCCAGCCAAGGAACAAGCGGAGUCAUUUCCUACUGCAUUAAUAAAGACGUUUGUUGCUGCGGGUCAAAACCGUAAGAUAAACAGUUAUAUUAUGCCCAUUUGUACUCUAUGACCUCUGUGUGAGGAACAGACCUGCAUGAUAUCUUAUUGCUGUUCUGUUCAGUAUGAUAGCAGUAUCUGUUCAACUGAUAUUCACUGUUGUAGGAGAAGAUACAAUUUGUAACCUUA